AUGGGUAAAACACAGAAGAAGAAUAGUAAAGGUCGUUUAGAUAGAUACUACUAUCUCGCCAAAGAGAAAGGUUAUCGUGCACGUUCCUCAUUUAAGAUUAUUCAAAUCAAUGAGAAAUUUGGUCAUUUCUUAGAAAAAUCCAAAGUGGUUAUCGAUUUAUGUGCAGCCCCAGGUUCCUGGUGUCAAGUGGCCUCUAAGCUAUGUCCAGUGAAUUCAUUAAUCAUCGGUGUAGAUAUUGUGCCAAUGAAGCCAAUGAAUAAUUGUAUCACUUUCCAAAGUGAUAUUACCACCGAAGACUGUAGAUCCAAAUUGAGAGGUUAUAUGAAAACAUGGAAGGCAGACACUGUUUUACAUGAUGGUGCUCCAAAUGUGGGUCUAGGUUGGGUUCAAGAUGCCUUUACUCAAUCUCAAUUGACAUUGCAAGCACUUAAACUAGCCGCAGAAAAUUUGGUUGUUGGUGGUACAUUUGUCACAAAAGUUUUCAGAUCUAAAGAUUAUAAUAAAUUGAUAUGGGUAUUCCAACAAUUAUUCGAUAAAGUGGAAGCAACAAAACCUCCAGCAUCAAGAAAUGUUUCUGCAGAAAUUUUCGUUGUUUGUAAAGGGUUUAAAGCACCAAAGAGAUUGGAUCCAAGAUUAUUAGAUCCAAAGGAAGUUUUUGAGGAAUUACCAGAUGGUCCACAAAAUAUGGAAUCUAAGAUUUAUAAUCCUGAAAAGAAGGUUAGAAAGAGACAAGGUUAUGAAGAAGGUGAUAAUUUACUAUAUCAUGAAAAAGAUAUUAUCGAAUUUGUAAAGACUGAAGAUCCGAUAACUAUGUUGGGUGAAACAAAUAAAUUCAUAAUAGAUAAAGAGGAUCAUGAAUGGAAGAUUAUUAAGAAGAUGAAACAAACAACAAAGGAAUUCCUUCUAUGUAUUGAAGAUCUAAAGGUGUUAGGUAAGAAGGAUUUCAAGAUGAUCUUAAGGUGGAGAAAAGCAGCAAGAGAUCUAUUGGGAAUAGAUAAAGAAGAAGAAUCCGAAAUUGAAGUUAAUCCUUUAACUGAAGAAGAGCAAAUUGAAAAGGAAUUGCAAGAUCUGCAAGAAAGGAAAAGAUUGGAUCAAAAACGUGAAAAGAGAAAGAAGAAUGAAAUGAAACAAAAAGAAAUCACUAGAAUGCAAAUGAAUAUGCUUACUCCAAUGGAUAUCGGUAUUGAAGCUGCUAGUUUGGGUAAAGAAUCUUUAUUUAAUCUAAAGACUGCUGAAAAGACCGGUAUAUUAGACAAACUUGCUAAAGGUAAAAAAAGAAUGCUUUUUACCGACGAAGAAUUGGCUAAGGAUAAUGAUAUACAUAUUGACGAAGAAUUAGUUAAGGAUCGUGACGAUGAAGCAGAGUUGGAUAAUUUGGAAGCAGAAUUGGAUUCCAUGUACAGCAGUUAUAAAAGUAGAAGGGCAGAAAGAGAUGCUAAAUUUAGGGCCAAGCAAGCCAGAGGUGGUGAUAAUGAAGAUGAAUGGACAGGGUUUGAAGAAGGUCAAGAAGAAGCUGAGAAUGAUGAAGAAAAGUACAUCGAUGAUGACAGCGAUUCAGAUCUAUCAAAUUCUGAUGACGAUGAAGCCAUCAACACUUUAAUUAGCAAAUUGAAAGGUCAAUCAGGUGAUGGCAAGUUAAGUAGCAAAGCUCGUAUGCUAUUCAAUGACCCAAUAUUCGAUAAUGUUACUGCAGAUUUACCAACAGCUAACAAGGAUGAAUUUACUUCAUCUGAAUCUGUCGGUGAUGUCUCCAAGAUAGUGAAGAAAAGAAAGCAUGCUGAGAUACAAGAAAAAUCAGACAGUGAUAGUGACAGUAGUGAUGAAAAUGAAAGCGAUAAUUCAGAUUUUGAACUUGUUGCUAAUGAGGAUUCUGAUGAGAUUUUUGAUUCCGAUUAUGAUUCAGAAGAAGAAAGAACUAGAACAAAGAAAGAAAAGCAUGCCCAAGAUAUUGAUAUUGCAACAGUGGAAGCAAUGACGCUCGCUCAUCAAUUAGCCUUAGGUCAAAAGACAAAGCAUGAUCUUGUUAAUGAAGGUUUUAAUAGAUACACUUUCCGUGAUACUGAGAAUUUGCCAGAUUGGUUUAUUGAAGAAGAAAAACAGCAUUCUAAGAUAAAUCGACCUAUCACAAAGGAAGCUGCAUUAGCUAUCAAAGAAAAGAUGAGAGCAUUAAAUGCACGUCCUAUAAAGAAGGUUGCUGAAGCUAAGGCAAGAAAGAAGAUGCGUGCUGUUGCAAGAUUAGAAAAGAUCAAGAAGAAGGCUGGGUUAAUUAAUGAUGACAGUGAUAAAUCUGAGAAGGAUAAGGCGGAAGAAAUCGCUAAAUUGAUGCGUAAAGUCUCUAAGAAGCAAAAGACGAAGCCUAAGGUCACUUUGGUUGUUGCCUCUGGUAGUAACAAAGGUCUAUCAGGUCGUCCAAAGGGUGUCAAGGGUAAAUAUAAGAUGGUUGAUGGUGUUAUGAAGAAUGAACAAAGGGCUCUAAAACGUAUUGCAAAGAAGCAUCAUAAGAAGAAGAAGAGAAAUUAG